GAGAGGAGGAAGAAGAAGAAAAUCAAAUUUAUAGCGCCUUUCUCCUUUUCUCGGCUAUUGCCUGCAACAUUUUCAUUUAUUCUUUAAGCUUCCAGAAGGACGCGCUUUUGACAGGCAGUAUGGCGCAAUCUCUGCGAAAUAUGCUAGAAGCAAACACCGCCAGGUUUAAGAGGUCUCUGGACCGAAUCGCUGAAAAGUAUUCAAAAGUCAAGGAUAAAGACGACGUGCAAGAGGUCGAUAUAAAAAAAAUUGGACUAAGAACUCUUUCAAAGUAUUUCGCAGAGUCCAGAGACCACUUCGAAAAGUCAGCGUCACAGAGCCAGCUAGAUGUAAGCGAUUGCUCCUUAAACUCAAGUGUCACAGCACAUUCUCAGUUAAAUUUGUCAUGUAAAGCUGAUGAAGUGAAGGACUGCAGUGAACACGCUAAUGAGGAUAGCGCAGAGGGAACUCUCAAGUCAUUGGAUGAGACAUGGAGGAGCCUGUCGGAGAGCGAGCUCCUGCCAGAGGACCAAGACGAAGAGCUGCAGAUGUCUCUGAGCAGUCGGUCCAACACCCUGGCCGAGCUCUACCCAACGAUGGUUAGUCGGAUAGAAAGAGCCUGGCAUCGACAGGCCAUCUGCACGACGGCCAGCUCCGUGCUGAGGCGGUACCGCCGGUGGAGGCAGCAGUCGAGGAGAUUCAACACCACCUUUAACAUCACAGCGAGACCCAAUGACACCCACCUGAAACUGUCGGCCAGAAAGAGGCUUCUCGGAGGCUACCGCCGGUGCAGGCAGCAGUCUAGGAGACUCAACACCACCUUUGACAUCACAGCGAGACCCAAUGACACCCACCUGAAACCGUCUGCCAGCAAGAGGCUUCUCGGAGAGGACUCGGGCAGACCUGCAGAGGGGAUGUGGACCGAGACGAUACCUUGUCCUGUCCCCUUGACACUGGGGAACCUGCGUAAUGGACGACAGUCUCCUGGCAGGGACAGGGGAUUGCUGAUCGGGGACACCCCACAUUCCAUCAGGCUAAUACACUUCUCUGACACCGCUAAACCACAAGAGAUGUCGUUGAACAAGACUUUCACUGUGUCUGAGUAUUCCCCUCGUAAACAAACCCACCUUGCUGAUCAGAUCCCCAUCAAUGCCAAAUCAUCCCCAGAUUCGUUCUUCAGACUUAGGAGACUUUCCGUUUCUUCAGACGGACCAGAGGUCUCAGCAGCAGAAACUCUCUCUGUGCCAGAGAGGCCCGAUAUCUACAGAACCCCUGCCAAGGAAAGAACAGCUAGUGCCCUCUGUCGGUCUCCUCUUGCAUUUUCCAGAAGAAAAUACGACGAGGAUUGGUCAAGAGAACCGAUGAAGCCUAGAUCACUUUCCCCUUCCAUGUCUUCUCCUUCCAAGAGGCCUGUUGUGCUGGUGAAGAUUUUUGAUCCCCAAGACUCCACUCAGUCACCCCGGCAACGGCCCGUCUUGCCUCCGCCGGCCCGGGCAGAGACUAGCCACCGCAGGUUCAGACGGAACCUCUCCUACGACUCUUCUCUGCCAGGCCGCGCCUACCAAUCGCCAAAGAAAGUCGAGGACGACUACCUGAGGGUUUACCACAAGUUUGUGUGCCAGAGAAAAUCGGCUCCCUUCGACGCCCUUCCUUGCCAUCUGUAUGGCAGAAGCUUUGAGGCCGAGAGGACCGCGUCCUUCACGUCGUUGGCAGCACUCGCCUUGUCGCCCCACCGCGCCAUCCUGAGGAAGCGCCACAGGGAGCAGAGGUGUGACGGCCACCCGCAGUCCAAACGCCUCAGGUACGAGAACUACGCCUACUCCCCGGGGUCCAAGCGUCACAGCGAUGAGAUGCUCAGACGCUGCCAGUCGCCCAAACCCAGCGCCGUCCCUUACAGCCCCUGUAAACACAGAUCCCAGGAUUCUACAGCAUACCUGGAGGCCUGGAUGGACCGGCACCAGCCUCUCUUCUCUUCUCCGGGUCGACUUGAGAAUGAUGCAUGUGAUGGUUUCUCUCCCAGAAACUGGAGAUAAAUCGAGAUGAACAAGUAACUACAGUUGGUCCUGUGCAGAAGAGCCGUUUUAGAGUGGAUGUAGUGUGGCUUUUAUAGCAGUCUGUUCUUGUUGGAUCAUAGCUGAAUCUAAAGCGUUCUGAAUCCUUAUUGCUAAUUGAUUAUUACAUAUAAAGCAUAUAUUGUUAAUCUCAUUGUACUUGUUUUUAUCUUUGCCUUUAUUAAAGUUUCAUAAAAUAUCAACUUGGCAAAAAGAAUAAAUUCAAUUUAAAGACAUUGGGUAAGAGUUUAAUAUUUUUGGUCUCCAGUUGUGUUUCUUGCACAUUUUAAUGUUCUGAUAUGAAAAUGCUUGGAAUACAAAGUUUUUUUCUAAACACAUUUGAUGUUUAAACAUACAAAGGAAACAAAUAUACAUAGUUAUUAGUGUGCUUAGAAAAUUAAUCACACAUCCAUUGAUUUAGGAAAAAAAGUAGUGUAAAGCUCAACCAAAAGCAGCAUUUUGUCGCCUUCCUAAAAUAGUGGUGAGUCUUUUUUUUUUUUAACCAAAAGAUGAUUUAGAAAAAAAAAAAAAA